CUGCUGGGCAAAAAGCGCUUGGUGUUGCUUUUAUCGUUGCCAUUUGCAAGUUGGAUUUUGAAGCAGCUACCAGCUCGACGGGUUGCAAAGGUCAGCUCUGCGAGCACAGGCAAAAUGGCCGCCCUCCUCGCGGACAACCUGCCCGUCCCGCCGCCGAACGAGGCGCUGCUCGCGCUGGGCAUCGAGGGCAGCGCCAACAAGGUCGGCGUGGGUUUGAUACGGUACGUGCCGGCCACGGGCGCCUACGACAUCCUCGCGAACCCGCGCGAGACGUACGUGACGCCGCCGGGCACGGGCUUCCGGCCCCGCGAGACGGCGCAGCACCACCAGCGGCACGUCGUGCCGCUGGUCCAGAAAUGUUUGCGCGAGGCCGGCGUCGACGCGUCCGAGAUCGGCUGCGUGUGCUACACGCGCGGGCCCGGCAUGGGCGGCCCGCUGCGGAGCUGCGCCGUGGCGGCGCGCGUGCUCGCGCGGCUGUGGCGCGUGCCCCUCGUGCCCGUGAACCACUGCGUGGCGCACAUCGAGAUGGGCCGCGUCGCGACCGACGUCAGCGACCCCGUCGUGCUGUACGUGUCGGGCGGCAACACGCAGGUGUUGGCGUUUUCGGGGCGGCGCUACUGCAUUUUCGGGGAGACGAUCGACAUCGCGGUGGGGAAUUGUCUGGACCGGUUCGCGCGGGUUUUGGGGUUGUCGAACGACCCGUCGCCCGGCUACAACAUCGAGAAGUGCGCCCGGGACGGGAAAAAGUUCGCGCCGCUGCCCUACGUCGUCAAGGGCAUGGACGUGAGUUUUAGUGGUUUACUGACCUUCAUCUCGCAGAACGCGCCCAAAUUAUUAGCAGGGGGGUACACGCCGUCGGAUCUGUGCUACUCGCUCCAGGAGACGAUCUUCGCCAUGCUCGUCGAGGUGACGGAGCGGGCCAUGGCGCACUGCGGCCGGAAGGACGUGCUGCUGGUCGGCGGCGUCGGCUGCAACCGGAGGCUGCAGGCGAUGAUGGCCGCGAUGGCGCGGGGGCGGGGCGGCGCGUGCUGCGACAUGGACCACCGCUACUGCGUCGACAACGGCGCCAUGAUCGCCCAGGCCGGCAUCUUCGCGUUCCAGCACGGCUCCCGCGCGGCCUGGGCGUCGUGCGACUGCACGCAGCGCUUCCGCACCGACGAGGUCGAGGCCGUCUGGCGGCGGCCUACCGAGACUUAAGCACAUAAAA